GUCGUUCGCAGAACUACCACUUUACUGUUACAAUCUUGAGCGGGCAAAUCCUGGUUCUGUUACACAUAUCAAGACUGAUCACGAGCGUCGGUUUGAGAUGGUCUUUGUCGCGAUUGGUGCUGCGAUUCGUACCUUUAUAUGCAAUUUAAGACCGGUGGUGAUCAUUGAUGCUGCACACCUAAAGGGUGAAUUUAAGGGGACGUUAUUUUUAGCUGUUGGAAUGGAUGGAAACAACCAAAUUUUACCAAUUUCCUACGGAAUAGGAAAAUCAGAGGAUGGUGAAUGUUGGACAUGGUUUCUGUCAAAGCUUAAAGAAUGUAUCGGUGAAAUACCUGAAAUGGCCAUAAUUUCGGAUAGAGCGAAUUCUAUACAUCUGGCUGUUAGAAACGUCUUUCCACAUGUUUAUCAUGGGUUAUGCUGUCGUCAUUUAAUGAUGAACCUACGUUUACCCUCUGAUAAAAAAAAAAGAAAAUGAGAAGUUGUGGUGGAAGACAUGCAAAUCGUACCGAUUGUCUGAUUUUAACGAGUCAUUUAAUGCUCUUUGUCUUGCCGUUCCUAGAGUGCGACACACUCUAACAAGUAUUGGGUUCGGUAGAUGGGCACGGGCGCAUUGUCCAGGCAAUCGAUAUCAUUAUAUGACAUCUAACAGCGCGGAGUCUAUUAACGCUUUAUCUAGACACUCGCGUAAAAUGCCGGUAACACAACUCUUAGAGUUCUUCCGGCAAUCUGUACAAAAGUGGUUUUACGAUCGCCGUUUGCAAGGUAUACAUGAAAAACAUUUACUUACACAGUGGGCACAGAAGAAAAUUUUUAAAAAAAUUGAAGGGUCUAGAACAUGGACGGUUGCUGGGAUUGAGUUAAACAGUUAUUCUGUUGCAGACAGUGGAAAGGGGGGUUUAGUGGACUUUGUUAAUGGAACAUGUAGUUGCCGAGUUUGGCAGGUUUCUGGUUUACCAUGCGGGCAUGUUAUCGCCGUUUCAAAAUUUUUAGGUGAAACCGACUGCAGUAAGUAUUGCUUCCCGUGUUACUCCAACGAAGUCUAUAAGAAAACUUAUGAAGAAGCGAUUUAUCCUCUCCCGCAUAGAUCUGAAUGGGAGACUCCAGAAGACCUUAUCAAUCUUCAACCGCCACAUAUGACAAAGCGCCAGGCUGGUCGUCCUCGAGAAAACAACCGAAUCUUAUCCCGCGGGGAAGAACCUACUCCCCUCUAUUGUUCCCGAUGUAACUCAUAUGGUCAUCAUCGGGAUGUAUGUCGGCAGCCCAUGCCGUCAGAAGUUCGUACUCGCAAACACCCAGACAAAGGGAAAGGGAAAGAAACCGAUAAUCCUGAUGAUUUUACACAAUCUCCUGCUGAUUAUAUGUAUCCGUCUUUCAACUUGGGAGACUUUUAAUACUUUAUUAAUUUAUUUUGUGAAAUUUAAUCUAACUUGUCUAGUAACUAGUUGCAUAUUAAUAUUGAAAAUCAUUUCAUUAAAAUAUGUUAUUAAUUUUUUUUUAUAUUACAUGCAUACAUAGAACCAUUAAACAUUAACAGGUGUGAAGCGCCCGGUGUAGAGUUCAUCUGCCAUGUACCGUCUGUAUCUGAAACAAGCAUCCUGAAGGUUUCCUUCGGUCCAUGUUAAAGAACGAUUCCAAAUAAGUUUUUCCAUUAGCAUACAUAUGAUGACUCCUGAAUUUCUGCCAACACGAUUUGUUUGAGGAGGCCACACGAAAUCCCCUACUAUUUGCAUGGAACGCGUCUCAUUUAUUCCUGACUGUUGCCAGUACGAUAUACGUCCGAGAAACCACAAAAAUAAAGACUCAAAUUCUAGAACAAUUUGAUGUACUCUUCUGU